AUAAAACAAGCCAGAAUGAAGUUGCAUUUUGCUGUAAAAUAUAGUGAUACUAGUUUGUAGUUCUUUUGUAGUCUUGUUUAAGGUCAAGGCAUUUCUUGGUAUUUUAAUUUUUUUUUUUUCUGUUUUACUCUUUGCACUAAUGAAUUACAAAUUUUCAGAACCCUUUUGCUUUCAAAAAUGGAAGGUGACCUAGGACCUUUGGGGCUGGCACAGCCCUGUACUGAUCUCCCAGAUAUUGCUCAGUUUCUGAGUAUUUAUAUGUCAGAAGAAGAUAGUCUUGCACUACAGGAGGGGAAACAGGUCACUUCUGGUGGUCAGGUGAUGCAACACAGUGUCUUCAGCGUUGGAGAGACCGUUCCAUCACCUACAAGGGACAGUGAUUUCAGUAUUAUGUCCCUUGUAUCUCACAAUCCAAAUAGUCAAAUGACUGAACCCCAGGUGUUUAAGGCCUACCCAAUGGCAGCCCCUCUGGCACAAGUUUCAAAUCGGGCUCCAAUGCCACCCAAGCCUCAGAUACCCACGAAACCCCAAGAGCAAGGACAAGGAAAGCGUCACGUUUGUGAGAUCUGCACAAAAUCCUUUUCCCGAUCUGAUAAGCUAACAUUACAUAGACGCACCCAUACUGGAGAAAAGCCAUAUGCCUGCUUUUGUGGGAAAAGAUUUGCAAGAAGUGAUCAUUUAAAAAUACAUGCCCUUAAGCAUAAAAUUAACCCAGAAGUUCGGCGUGCAAUGUUGCUUGAAGCAAAAAAUAACAAAGCACUUUAGUCCAAUUAAAAAUUUAGAAGAUUUUGACAUAAAAAAGGAGACAGUAGAAGCAUCUCUGCAGGUGAAAACUGAAGUAAAUUUGGCCAUUAAACAAGAAAUUGGGGAAGGAACAGACCAGGUUAAUAUACCUGUAUAUGAUGACCCUAAUAAACAGGAGUGUAAUGUUUGCCAAAAAGUUUUUGGAUCCAUUUACAAACUUUCUCGACAUCUGCGAACACACA